GCGCGGGCAGAGCACGGGUCCGGCUCCCCUCCUGCUCUCGGUCGCCGGCGGCCCGCGUGGGGCCGGUCCCUCCUCGCAGCCCCUUCUCCCGCCGCGCGGCACCGUAACGGGGUUUCCCUGCAGGCGGGAGUUGCGCCUCCCCGGCCGGGGCGAGCGGCUUUCAGUCAGGAGCGCGGCCGCCGUUGGCCUCCGCAGCGGCAGGGCGAAGCCGCGGAGAUGGAUGACGAACCCGAACGGACCAAGCGCUGGGAAGGAGGCUACGAAAGAACAUGGGAAAUUCUUAAAGAAGAUGAAUCCGGAUCGCUGAAAGCGACCAUCGAGGACAUUCUUUUCAAGGCAAAGAGGAAAAGACUCUAUGAACACCAUGGACAAGUUCGACUUGGAAUGAUGCGUCACCUUUACGUUGUUGUUGAUGGAUCAAGAACGAUGGAGGACCAAGAUUUAAAACCGAACAGACUUACUUGCACUUUGAAGUUACUGGAAUAUUUUGUUGACGAAUACUUUGACCAAAAUCCUAUUAGUCAGAUUGGCUUAAUUGUAACCAAGAGUAAAAGAGCUGAAAAAAUGACAGAACUUUCAGGUAACUCAAAAAAGCACAUAACUGCUCUGAAGAAAGCAGUGGAUAUGAACUGCAGUGGAGAGCCAUCUCUGUAUAAUUCCCUAAAUUUGGCCAUGCAGACUUUAAAGCACAUGCCAGGACAUACAAGCAGAGAGGUUUUGGUAGUCUUCAGCAGUCUGACGACAUGCGAUCCAGCCAACAUCUAUGAUCUAAUUAAGUGUUUAAAAGCAGUUAAGAUCAGAGUAUCUGUCAUCGGCCUAAGUGCUGAAGUUCGAGUUUGUACAGUACUUGCCCGAGAAACUGGUGGAACAUACCACGUUAUUUUAGAUGAAAGUCAUUAUAAGGAACUGCUGAUGCAUCAUGUUAGUCCUCCACCUGCCAGUUCAACUUCUGAGUGCUCCCUUAUUCGAAUGGGUUUUCCUCAGCAUACUAUCGCUUCUCUAUCUGAUCAAGAUGCAAAACCAUCCUUUAGCAUGGCGCAAUUGGAAAACAACAGUGAGCCAGGUCUUACACUGGGUGGAUAUUUCUGUCCCCAGUGCAGAGCCAAAUACUGUGAACUUCCUGUGGAAUGCAAAAUCUGUGGUCUUACGUUAGUGUCUGCACCUCACCUGGCUCGGUCUUACCAUCACUUGUUUCCUUUGGAUGCCUUUCAGGAAGUUCCUCUGGAAGAAUAUCAGGGGGAACGGUGUUGUCAAGGCUGCCAGGGAGAAAUGAAAGACCAAAAUGUUUACAUAUGUAAAGUGUGUCAGAAUGCAUUUUGCGUGGAAUGCGAUUUGUUUGUUCAUGAUUCUCUGCACUGCUGUCCUGGCUGUAUUCACGAGCACCCUGCUCCCAUAUCUGUAUGAUGCCAUCUCUUUUAGAAAUUGUCGUAUCUAUGUCAUUCUUGCAUAAAUCUAUUUUGUUUAUUCAACCAUAGCUUUCACUGAGGCACCUCAAAACAAGAAGGACCUAGAUGAUUACAGAAGGAUGAGCACUGGCUUGGGGGCAAACUUUUAAUUUUUACCUAAUGUAUUAAUGAUUCUGUUACUGUUAAUAUAUUCUUGAAUUAUCUGUAUCUGAUUUAUUAUCUUUGUUCUUGUUUGAAAAGCUCUGGCUUUGUCUGAAUGUUAUUGUGAGUAACAUGUAUAUUUGUAAAUGUGAAAGUGAUAAAACUGGUUUGUGUGAUAAUGUGGUGAUGCAUCUUCGUUUCAUU